AUGCGCACCCCGAAGGUGCUCAAGGAAGCGUGGGCGCUGCUGCGCCGCGUGCGCUGGUUCAACCUUGCGAUCCUCACCAUCACUCCCGCCUUGGGUGUGUACGGCGCCGCACACACGCCGCUGCGCGCCCCGACGCUGGUCUGGGCGGCCGCGUACUACGUGAUCUCCAUGCUCGGAAUCACUGCGGGCUACCACCGCCUGUGGUCACACCGCUCGUACACGGCUUGCGCCGUGCUCGAGUACGCGCUCGCGAUCAUGGGCGCGAGCGCCGUCCAAGGCUCUUGCCCCACGCGUGAAGCCGGGCCGGCCGACAUCGCCGACCUCAGGAAGAGCACGGUCGUGCAGUGGCAGCACCGCUGGUACUUCGCGCUCGUCGCCGUCGUGGGCUACGCGCUACCCGCGCUCGUCGCUGGCCUGGCCUGGCGCGACUGGCGCGGCGGGUGGGUGUAUGCGGGGCUUUGGAGGAUCACGUUCGUGCACCAUUCGACGUUCUGCAUCAACUCCAUCGCGCACUACUUCGGCGACAGCCCGUUCGACGACCGGAAGACGUCUCGCGACCACUUCCUCUCCGCGAUUCUCACCAUGGGCGAGGGCUACCACAACUUCCAUCACCAGUUCCCGAUGGACUACCGCAAUGCCGUGCGCUGGUACCAGUUCGACCCCACCAAGUGGUUUAUCGCCGCCUGCGCCGCGCUCGGGCUCGCCUCCAACCUCCGGGGCGCGCUCGCGAUGCAGCUCAAGCGCCUCAAGCGCCUCCAGGACGGCCUCGCGUGGCCCGGACAGGUCGACGACCUCCCCGUGCUCGGCUGGGAUGCCUUUCAACAGGAGGCAGAGAAGCGCGCGCUCGUUAUCGUGUCCGGCUUCAUUCAUGACGUCGAGCCGUUCCUGGACGAACAUCCGGAAGGCAAGGACGCAACGGCCGCGUUCUGCGGAGGAGUAUACGAGCAUGGAAAUGCGGCACAUAAUCUGCUCUCCAUGAUGCGAGUGGGGGCUCUCUUAGGAGGCGUCGAGCAUGUGAAGGCAGUAUCACCAGGAGAGAGGCUGAAGAUCAUAGAGCGCCUGAAUUAA